CCAUCUCUCUCUCUCUGAAGAUUCCUUUUACUGGGGGCUUUUCUCUCUCUCUAUCGGUUGCUCGUUCUUAUCUAGAGCUCUCUCUCUCUGUCUGUCUCUGCCCAGCUCAAGCCAAAUCUCGAUAGAUCCCAACUACAUGAAAUUCGGGAAAGAGUUUCGUACUCACCUCGAAGAGACCUUACCUGAGUGGAGAGACAAGUUCCUUUGCUAUAAGCCUUUGAAAAAGCUUCUCAAGUAUUACCCCGAUUUCCCUCCUCCCUCUGAUUCCGAUCACCUCGAUUCCCGUCCCGUCUUUGCUGAUACUACUAACCUCUCCUCCGCCGCCGAAGACGACGUUGUGCUUCCCGGCGUCAGGCCUACGGAGGAUCUCCAGGGUUCCUUUCUCCGGAUUCUCAACGAGGAACUUGACAAGUUUAACGAUUUUUACGUUGAUAAGGAAGAAGAUUUCGUUAUCAGAUUACAGGAGCUCAAGGAAAGAAUCGAGCUAAUUAAGGAGAAGAACGGUAGGAAUGGGGAGUUCGCAUCAGAAAGCGAGUUCAGCGAAGAAAUGAUGGAUAUUCGUAGAGACCUUGUUACCAUUCAUGGCGAGAUGGUCCUCUUAAAAAACUAUAGCUCUCUUAAUUUUGCAGGCCUUGUCAAAAUUUUGAAGAAGUAUGAUAAAAGAACUGGUGGACUUCUACGUUUGCCUUUCACGCAGCUUGUUCUCCAUCAACCCUUCUUUACAACAGAGCCACUUACUAGGUUAGUCCGGGAAUGUGAGGCCAAUCUUGAGCUUCUCUUUCCUACAGAGGCAGAAGUUGUAGAGUCUUCCAGCACAGGGCAAGCACACUCAAGCUCACAUCAGAACCACUCCCCAAGAAUCUCAGCCGAGACUUCCUCAACUCUUGGUGAUGAAAAUCUUGAUAUAUAUAAGAGUACACUCGCUGCAAUGAGAGCUAUAAGAGGUUUACAAAAGGCUAGCUCGACGUACAACCCCUUAUCAUUCUCAUCGCUUCUUCAGAACGAGGAUGAUGAGACAGUAACAGCUGAAAACUCUCCAAACUCUGCCAGCAAAGACGAUUCAGAGAAGGAAGAUACUGGACCUUCCCACUGAUCAUUAGAGAAUAAUGCUCCUUUUGGUCACGAUUUUGAGAUUUUGCUACUUGAUAUCACCCUAACUUUUCAUAAAAUUAACACAUUUUAUGUCUUCUCCUUUUGCAGAGCACAGCUUUUCUUUGCAUUUGAAUUGUAGUACCGCCCUUUAUAGAUUUUCAAUGAAAAUUUUUCUAUUCGCUUAA